AUGGACCAUGGAAUUGAGAGGGACAUAAACCGAGCACGCGCUUCACGCUCAGUAGAUCCAGCGCAGGCGGUAAGCAGUGCCGUUCAGGUUACACGAGGAACUAUCGAAAAAGCGCUGGGCGUCGAGACUCGUGGGGAGAUAACGUUGACUGGAUUGGUGGUAUUUUACCCCAGUAUAGACUGGACACGAACGCGGAUUGAGCGUGAUGCUACGAAUUCUCUCGCUGCGCAGAAAUCAACGAACUCCCCUUCUAUGUAUAAGUUCUUUGACGAUUCCUAUCUUCUUGUUGCGGGACUGCUGAAACGGCCUAGUACGGGUCGAGUAGAUGUGUCGCGUCCUUAUCUUUCCCCUAGACUUGCACCUGCGUCUCUAUUACAUGCGGCGUAUCCACCUGCUGUGGCGAUUUAUACUUGUGGGUGGGAUCAGUUGCUUGGUGGGUUUGUUGAGGAAGGGAAGAUGGUGAGUGUAGGCGGGUCUGUAGUUGAGGAUGUUAUUCAUGUAUUUGAUAAGAAGCCGCUUUUUGGAGGGAAAAUAAACUGCGUGAGAGGAUGUAUGGAGAUGCUAUUAACCAGUUGA